AUGGAGGAUGUCGUGCACACUGAGCCCAAGAAGGUCGUCGGAUAUUUAGUGGACGCAUUAAGGCCGCAGCCUUUUAACCCCUUGGCAGCAGUGAAAGACCAAUUGAGCCGGCAGUGUCACAAGUCUACUAAGUCGGAUCUGGCAGCGGUCCUGAAGUGGCUGAAAGGUGAACUAUAG